GGCCCUUUACCAACAGCAGAAUCAAAUGUCUAAUCAUAGGCAGAGCAGCAGCUGAGAGUGCAGAAGAGCAGGGAAGGCUGGGCUUGACAGUCUCAACUCUCUUCUUGUGUGUGUGAAUUUGAAGGAAAAAGUGAGAAGUGGGCCUUUGGGGAGAUUGGAGAAUUGUGAUGUGAAUGGUGAAGAUGGGAAUGGAAGAUACUGCCUGUUAAGACCUAGAGCCUGUUUCGAAGUUGGGAAGACAAAAUAUCCAAAGUACAGAAAUCAUGGGAGCCGAAGAAGAAAUGCUCAUCACUCUGUCUGGAGGUGCCCCCUGGGGCUUCCGGCUGCAAGGGGGCUCUGAGCAGAAAAGACCCCUUCAGGUGUCAAAGAUCCGAAAGCGAAGCAAAGCAUGCCGUGGAGGCCUCUGGGAAAAUGAUGUGCUGGUAUCUAUCAAUGGGAAGUCAUGUGCUGGCCUCUCCCAUGCUUCUGCCAUGCAGAUCAUCGACUCAUCCAAUGGCAUGCUCAAUAUCCGAGUGAAAAGGACAGUUGGUGGGGACCAGACUGGCCCGCGGCUUCAGCGCUCCCCUUCCCCAGGGCAGCGAGUGCUCUCCCCACCAUCCGCACUCAGCCCCACGGCACAGCUCCUGAGCUCGGCUCCGGCAGGAGCCCCAGCCACCACACAGCCCUCGCAGCCCCGUAAGCCACAGAGGCACCUGGACAGCCUCACCUCUCCACCGGAUAGCGAGGCCUACUAUGGUGAGACUGACAGUGAUGCAGACAACGUGGCCCAGGAGAAGCACCGCCGGGCCCGCAAGAAGUCCCCACGCUCCCCGCCAGACGGCACCAACAGCAAGGCAGAUCUGCCCCAGGACGAGGUGUCCCUGUCUGAGCAGAGCGGCUAUGAGAGCUUGCCGGAGGCUGCCAUGCAGAAGGAAGCCAAGGAGGCCAGCUACAGUGGGGUGGCCAAGAGGGAGAUUGCCUGUCCACCCGGCAGCCGUGCAGACACCCCUUUCUCAGAGAGCGAGGGACAGUUGCGGCCGUCCUCAACAGAGGGUCGUGAGCCUUCUCCAGAGGCGAUGCUCCUACCCCAUGCCACCAAGGCUAUCCGAGCAGAGCGCCAUCUCAUCCCCAUGGUGGGGCCAGUGGAGCACCCAGUUGAUGAAGAUCUAACCACCACAUAUGCAGAGAAAGCCAAGCAGGCUAAGCUUCACCGCCACGAGAGCAUCCAAGAGAAGAACGUGAAAGAAGCCAAAACCAAGUGCAGAACCAUUGCAUCCCUGCUGACAGACGCACCCAACCCCCACUCCAAGGGGGUGUUGAUGUUCAAGAAGCGCAGACAGAGGGCUAAGAAAUAUACACUAGUGAGCUUUGGGAGUGUUGACGAAGACCGUUCCUACGAGGAGGAAGACGGAAUUUUUCCAACUAGUGAGUCUGAAUUUGAUGAGGAAGGUUUCUCUGACGCCCGAAGCUUAACAAAUCACUCAGACUGGGACAACACUUACCUGGACAUUGAAAAGUCCAAGUCAAUCUCUGAGCAGAAAGAAGAGAAGCAAAAAGGUUUGAGUGAAGCCUCGGGUAAAGGAGCACGGUUAUUUGAACAGCAGAGGGAACGGGCAGGGAAGUACACAGUGGAAAAAGUCCCCGCACAGAGGAGCCCCCAGCUCACCCCAGCUGCCCAGCCACAGCCGGGCAUGGUGAAUGGAGAUAUGCCUGUGCCACAGAAGACAGCCAGUGUGCCCCUCAGCAUCCACCUGGAAGGUGUGCAAGUUCCCAGCAAGAUGCCAACCACCACACUUACUCAGGUCCUGGCUCCCCCCAGCCCCACUGUUUUCCCGCACCCCCCAGGCACACCUGACCCCUUCUCUUCAAGCACUAGUAUGUUCAACAGAUCUGCACGGCCCUUUACUCCUGGUUUUUCUGGCCAACGCCCAGCAACAUCUUCAGUCAUCUUCAGGCCAUCUGCACCCAAAAAACCUAGUGAAAACCUUGGUGGACAAAGCACGGUGGUCUCCCCUUCCUCACCUCUUGCUCCAGGAACACCUGCCAGUGCCACAGCACCGACACACCGUGGUCCAGUGAGCUCCUCCACAUCUCUGUAUAUUCCUGCACCAGGCAGGCCAACAACACCACUAGAAUCACAGCCAAGAGCUGGAGGAAGCGCUCCAGAGACCAAGCCUUCUGCCAGCCCUGCACGGACAUCCACUGCCUCUAUAUUCCUGUCAACUCCCUCAAAGCCAGGAGGGGAGGUGGCCUCUGCAGCAUCUCAGCCACGAGUCCCUGGAACAGCCUCUUCUUCCUUGUAUAUUAGCCCAGCACCAGCACAGCAUAUGGUAAGCACCUCCCCGCUGCCAGUGCAGCUUUCUGCCAACUCAGCAGCAGCAACACCACGGCCUCCUUCUGAGCCCUUAACUUCCAGGGAGCAGAGGAUUGCCGUGCCAGCUCCCCGCACAGGCAUCCUGCAGGAGGCUCGCCGGCGGGGCAACAAGAAACCCAUGUUCAGUAAGGUUGAGGAAAAGAAGAACUCACCCAACCCCGAGCUCCUGUCUCUGGUGCAGAAUCUGGAUGAGAAGCCGAAAGGUGACCACCUUGGGGCAGGCUUUGAGUCUGGGCCUGAGGAGGAUUUCCUCAGCCUGGGUGCUGAAGCCUGCAACUUCAUGCAGUCCUCAGGCCGCAAGUUUAAGACCCCACCUCCAGUGGCUCCUAAGCCUCAGCAGCAGGAUGCUGGACUGGUAAAUGGGGCCCAUGACAUGCCUCAGCUUAAAGGCAAGGGGGCACAGCUCUUUGCCAAACGCCAGAGCCGCAUGGACAAGUUUGUGGUGGAGACAGCAACGAAGCCAGAGUCCAAGCCCAGGACCCCUUCACCUUCCCCUUCUCUGCCUUCAUCCUGGAAAUAUUCACCCAAUAUCCGGGCUCCGCCUCCGAUAGCUUACAACCCAAUGCAUUCCCCUUUCUAUCCUCUGGCAGCCAGCAAGUCUCAGGCUAGUAAGGCAGAGAGCAAAGUGAAAAAGGCACCUGGCCAGAAGUCAGGGAACAAGGCCAUUGAUUUAAUGCACCAUCAGCCCUAUCAAUUAAAGUCAGCCAUGUUCUGUUUUGGUGAUCCCCCGAGCUCCAGCACUCAGAAGUCUCCUGGUCAGCCAGGCCAGCAGGCCAGCUCGUCCUUCACUGCAGCCAAGCAGGUCCCUGUGAAAACAGCCAAAACACAGGAGAUUCGUCGCUUCUCCACCCCUGCUCCCAUGCCUGCUUCGAGCAGCUUGGCACCCACUGUGCUUGUGCCCCGCUCAGCCACCACGUUGGAUGAGCCCGUGUGGAGAACAGAAAUGGCUUCUUCUGCUCCUGCUACCCCAGCACCCUUCCAGAUGGAGCUCAGCCAGUCCCCUAAGCCAUAUCAGAGUUCCCCAGAGUUUGGUCAGGCAAGCCUGGGGCCCUCCCCAAACCCAGCUUCAGCCUCUCGUUUUCAGGUGGCCAGGCCCAAAUUCUCAGCAGCCAGAACAGGAAUGCAGGCGAAUGUGUGGAGGCCAAGCUUUGGCCACCACUGAGGCACGCAUCAUUCCCAUCCCAUCCAUGGCCCUGCAGAGGUAGUGUUCAUUUUGUCUUUCUUGUCAGCUCAGUAUGUUGGGGUGGUGUGACACAAAAUGAAGAAAAGAGAAAAAAAAAAGUACUCCCCUUCUGCACCACCUUCUCCCCCCACCUCUCUUUGAACCUGGAUAGGCAGCUUCGUGGCAAGGCUUAUGGCUGUGGCUACAGAUGAAGGAAGAAUGUGCAGAGAGGGCAUGUGUGGUACUCAAGGACUGAGAACUCACAUACAGCAGCAAAGCACACCUCUGGAGAGGUGAACUGUAGCUGUUGUCUCACAAGAGGAUGUGAAGUGGUUUUCCUCUGAGGGCUUUGGAGUCAGCUUUGAAUGAAGAAGUCUUGAGGGGACAAAAGCCUUGCUGGAAGAAAGGAUUCCAAUGCAGAAGUCCUACCUUUCCCAUAAAACUGUUUUUUUAAAAAGCCUGUUAGUCUGUACAUGUGCACUUGUAUGCCCACAUGUACACACACUGAAUAGCAGUAAAGCAAAAGGAGAAGUGGGCUCUGCCUUGUACAAUUCUGCCAGAUACCCCUUCUGAGAGGCAUGGGAAAGGAGGUAAGGGAGCAGAGCAGGAGUGUUGGCAUGCACACACAGAAGCAGCAUGCACUGUGCAGGAGGAUGACUAUGGGUGCCUGUUCCUCUAGUCACUAGGGCUGGAGUUGAAAGGGAGUCAUCUAGCUGGCACUAAACACAGCUGUAAGGUCUGGGAGCAGUUUGACAGUGGGGCCUUGAAUAUACUUGCUAGGCUACCACAACCUGGAGGAAUCACGGAAGGAAGUGUUAAAUUUUGGAGAUAAAUAAAUAGCAAAGCUGAGCUCAGGCUGUGGCUGGUAGGCUCCAAGCAAGCCCUGCAGCACUGGUCCCACUGAACAGGAGAUAGAUUCUGUAAGUAUAAAGAAGGAUUGUGUAGGAAAAGGUAAAGUUGCCUUUAAAAGGAAGCAGGAUUGAAUAUGCAUUUAUACAUGAGCUUUUUGUUUAGUUUAGGAAAGAAAUAUAGCUAGAUUGGAAGUGGUUCACUACAUAAAACUUCCUUAAAAUUGUUGCGCUGGAAAAUAUAUCCUCUCUACAGAUAGUCUCAGCAGGAGAAUGGGAGACAGAGAAAUGGAGUCAUCAGUGAAAUUUCAUACUAAAUGACUUAAUUAUCCAUGAGAUUAUUUGAUAAAAACUGAAGUGCUUUGAGAUUCCCAGAGGAUCUGCAUUCUUACACAUGCAUACAGAGCUCAAUCUGCUGGCAGUGCUGGGGAAAUACGACUAGUUAUUCUUUGAAUGUCCCAGGCUAGAUCAAUAGCGUAUAAGAAGAAAGUAUUCCCUUUACUAAGGAAGAAUUCAGGGUAUCAGUAGGGUUUCUUUGCAUGUGCGUGUGUGUAUCACAUGUGCUCUGGUCCAUACAUCCCUGUCAUUUGCUUUCCUGCCCUUUCUCCUCCUUUUGUAGCAGUUCCACACAUUGGGCUGGAGAAUCUCACUAGCAACUUAGUCCUGGACAAGUUUGAGAGGGAGAGAAUGAGAGAAAAGUAAAAGCAAUACACAAUCCUUCCAGAUCUCUUUGAAUCCUUCAAGUCUGGCUGGGCUUGCUUUGCAGACCUGUGUUUGCAGCAUUCAUUGAUGGGGACCCUGGAAUGUAGAAAAUCAUGCUGGAGAAGGAGGAGAAAAACAAUUACAUCUCUCUUGGCAAACUAUCAGCUGUGGGAGACGAUGGAGAGAAAACCUUUGGGAAUGUCCUGCGUUAAUAAGAAAAGGGAUGCAACUGGUUGUAUGACAUGGGAGCAGCCAACCUCAAAUGAUGAGGUGAUGCUUUUUCUUCCUGGAAAACCUCAGAAGGGAGGUCUUAGCACAAGUCUUCACUGCAGAGUUAACUCAGGCCACCAGAAUCCACUUCAACUGCGGUGAGGGAGAGCAGCCACGCCACAAAACCUGACUUGCACCAUUACUUUCUCACUCAUCCUAUGCUGCACUACAUUGCCAUCAUGUCAGGAAAAAAAUAUCAGGUGCUUAGCAAGCUAAAUCUCUGUGAUUCUUCCCAAAGAAAGGAAGCCUUCUAUUUUCCUAGGAAAACCAUGGAGAGGAACUGAAGGACUGGUAGUGCUUCAAAAGCUUUGUCUACAAUCUUUUUGUGGAGCACCGGCUGGCUGUCACUGGCUGAUAGUUUUAGCCACUAGCCUUAGACAGACCAGCUUGCCCAGGCAGAAAGUAUCACUGAACUCAGGUGUAGAGGGGUUAUGUGGACCAGAGAAAAGGUGCUCAGGAUAAUUCUGCAGUGAAGAAAUAAUCUCAGAAAUUCUGAAUCUUACUAUAGCGUUCCUGUCUCUCAUGGACUUAAAGAUCAAGUGUUGUCAGGGCCUGAGCAUGUAAGGAAUUUCAUUUUGCCACUAGAAAAAAAACAUAAGGAAAAGAGAGAGAGAGGUCUGGCUUUAUCACACUUGUGAGAUUGCAUCUGGCCUGUAUCUGGGUGGUGCUUCUCCAGAUUUCUAGGAUACACUGAUGAUGGCCAAACACCGUGGACUGUUACAUGACAGGAUCUGAGUGGAAUAACUGGAUUUGGUCCAUCCUUCCGAUAAGUCAUGGAAAGAAGAUGGAAAAGAUUCAGGUCUGACUGGAGAACUGAUAUUGAACAUGAGAGCAAGGAAAAGAAUGAGGAGGCUGGGGAUUCUGCAUUUCACCUCUACCAUUCUUGGUUCAAAGCCAGGUUUGGAAGGAAAGCUACCUAUCCUAUGAGGAUCCUAGAGCAGGAUCCACAAAAGCAGAAGGUGCUGCAGAUGAGGCCUAUAAUGCUUGUGGAGUAUCCCAAACAAGGCCUGUAGCUGCAAGUAAUGCAGCUGAGAUCUGAACUAAUGCUGAGAUGCAUCUGCUAAGCUAUAGGGAAGAAGCCUGCACAACUGCUGGCUUCAAGCAGGUCUGCUAGAGUCUGCUCAUGAAACUAAUGUGGCUGCCUGCUAGGUAACAGCUGAAUCAUAUACAAUUCACUUGAACCUCUCCAAAUUUCAAAUUCUUCAGCUGUUAAACAAGCACAGAUGUAAACAGUUGUUGGACAAGUUUUAGUUCCCACCUGCUAAUAUAUGAGCUGCAGUGGUAGGCCAUACCCCAGCAUCCCCUAAUUAAGCAUCUGAAAACAUCUAUGUGUGUUCUGAUUUAAAACUGCUUAUCAUCCCUCCUCUCUAGCAUGCUGCUAUGGCAAUUAUGAGGAUUUAUCUUGGCUUCAGAAGUCAGUCUCUUCCCUCUGAAUGUAUAGGAACACUUGCCAGGGAUAACCUCAAGUUCCUGUAGCAGCUGAGAGGAACUAUCUCAGAAGGGACUGAUGUGAUGAGGAGUCACUUGUCACCAGACACAAGCACAGUGCCAUCCAGGAUUGUUCUCUGAUUGAAUUUACUCUCUUUCUGCUAUAAUAUCCAGCACACACUAUCAGGCCCUCUUCAUAGAGGAUACUCAUCAGUGCUCUGAAAAUGGGAGUUCCACAGCAGUGCUCUGUCUGGUGGCAGAUGUGACCCCAAAAGGUGAAUAGAUUUGGUGUCUCCGUUUUUGGAAGUACAUUUUCCUUUUCUGUUUUGUCUUUUUUUUUUUUUUUUUGCAAUUUACAGUCACUUUCUAUUUGUUUGUGCAGAAGAAUAAACUUGUGAUAUGCACUUUA